GCCACUCGGGCAGCCAUCACCCAACAUUGCACAGACCUUGGAGAUUUGCUGGGCAAGGAAAAUGAUGUGGCUCUGAUCAUCGAUGGCCAUACCCUCAAGUAUGCCCUCUCCUUCGAAGUCCGGAGAAGCUUCCUCGAUUUGGCGCUGUCUUGUAAAGCGGUCAUAUGCUGCAGAGUAUCUCCUCUGCAGAAGUCUGAAAUAGUGGAAGUGGUGAAGAAGCGGGUGAACGCCAUCACCCUGGCCAUCGGGGAUGGCGCCAAUGAUGUCGGGAUGAUCCAGACAGCCCACGUGGGUGUGGGGAUCAGUGGCAAUGAGGGCAUGCAGGCCACCAACAACUCGGAUUACGCUAUUGCACAGUUUUCUUACUUGGAGAAGCUCCUGCUUGUACAUGGAGCCUGGAGCUACAUCCGGGUGACCAAGUGCAUAUUAUACUGCUUCUACAAGAAUGUAGUCCUCUACAUCAUUGAGCUUUGGUUCGCCUUUGUUAAUGGAUUUUCUGGGCAGAUUUUAUUUGAACGUUGGUGCAUCGGCUUGUACAAUGUGAUUUUCACCGCGUUGCCACCCUUUACCCUGGGAAUCUUUGAGAGGUCUUGCAGUCAGGAGAGCAUGCUCAGGUUUCCUCAGCUCUACAAAAUCACCCAGAAUGCUGAAGGCUUCAACACCAAGGUUUUCUGGGGUCACUGCAUCAACGCCUUGGUCCACUCCCUCAUCCUCUUCUGGUUUCCCAUGAAAGCGCUGGAGCAUGAUACUCCAUUCAGCAAUGGUCAUGCCACAGACUAUUUAUUUGUUGGAAAUAUUGUUUACACGUACGUUGUGGUUACAGUUUGUCUGAAAGCUGGUUUGGAGACUACAGCUUGGACUAAAUUCAGUCACCUGGCUGUGUGGGGAAGCAUGGUGAUGUGGCUGUUGUUUUUUGUCGUCUACUCAACCAUCUGGCCCACCAUCCCCAUUGCUCCAGACAUGAGAGGGCAGGCAACUACUGUCCUGAGUUCUGCAUACUUCUGGUUGGGAUUAAUUCUGGUUCCUACUGCAUGUUUGCUCGAAGAUGUGGCGUGGAGAGCGGCCAAGCAUACCUACAAAAAGACGUUGCUGGAGGAGGUACAGGAGCUGGAAACCAAGACCAGAGUGAUGGGGAAAGCCAUGCUGCGGGACAGUAAUGGAAAGAGAAUGAACGAGCGUGACCGCCUGAUAAAGAGGCUCGGCAGGAAGACACCCCCGACCCUCUUCCUUGGUGGCUCUGUGAACCAGCAGUGUGUCUCACAUGGGUACGCCUUUUCUCAAGAAGAACAUGGAGCUGUUUCUCAGGAAGAAAUAGUGCGUUCUUAUGAUACCACCCAAAGGAAACAGAGGAAGAAAUAAGAUACAACUUCUCCUGAUGGAUCCGAGGGAAGAGAUGUGGUUUGUGGCACCAGUGUUAACCCAUCUUUGUUAGAAGAGACUGGCGACAGCAGCCAAAUCACCAGAAAACACAUUUCUGUGGCCUUAGCCAACCAGUUUGUUAGUUGUUUAUUCCCUCGCAAACCUGGAGUAGAGACCGCAGGGGAAGCCAUUUUUUUCCCUCCCCAUUUGUCUGCAGUGCUUGGCCUAACUUCUGUUUACGUUGUUAUAAAGCAUUCAACUGUGCUCCGUGAGGUGUGAAAUUAAAAACAUUAUGUUCCACCGAUAUUU